AUGGCGCUCCCCCACCCGCCUACCGGCGCCCUGCUGGGGCCGCGGGACGUGCCGGAAGCGGAGGUCGCCCCCCCCCCCCAUUUCCAGCCCCUUCUCCCCUGGGGGGGCCCCGGUGCGGGAGGAAAGACGGCUCUCAGCACCCUGCUGCGCUGCUUCCCCUGCGAGCGGCUCUGCGGGGGGUGCACGGUGCCCCCCGCGCCCCCCCGGCCCCCCGGGGCCCUGCCAUCCUCCGUGCCACCGCCACCGUCCCGCCGCCACCUGCCCCCCGCCGCCUGCCUGCCCCCCCGGACCUUCCACAGCUACCUGCCCCGCUCACACCGCACCUACAGCUGCGUCCACUGCCGGGCACACCUGGCCAGGCACGAGGAGCUCAUCUCCAAGUCCUUCCAGGGCAGCCAUGGCCGUGCCUACCUCUUCAACUCCGUGGUUAACGUGGGCUGCGGCCCGGCCGAGCAGCGGCUGCUGCUCACCGGGCUCCACUCGGUGGCCGACAUCUUCUGCGAGAGCUGCAAAACCACCCUGGGCUGGAAAUACGAGCAGGCCUUCGAGAGCAGCCAGAAGUACAAGGAGGGGAAGUUCAUCAUCGAGACGUCGCACAUGGUGAAGGAGAACGGCUGGGACUGACGGCACGGCGGGGGCACCCCGCAGCACCUGCACUGGGGGGGCCCUGGCGCCGGGGUGCUGGCACGGUGUCCCCCCCACUCCGCACCUU